AUGUCCAAGAAUGCUCCCAACCCUUCGCUCUUCGUUCGGAAUCUUGACAAUCGGAUAAAGAAACCUGGUGAGUCACAUUCCCCUUGCUGUCUCCGUCUAUUCGUCUCAUGCAGACCUCGCCUCCUUUCUUUCUGUGUUUCUCAGAGCUCAAAAGACAAUUGUACGUCCUCUUCAAUGCGUACGGGAAAGUUUUAGAUGUGGUAGCGACUCGGGCGGAUGGCAUGAGAGGUCAGGCGUUUGUCGUCUUUCAGGAUCUGGCCAACGCUACCACAGCCCUCAGAGCUCUGGAAGGGCUUGAAUUUUAUGGCAGGAGCUUGGUGAGUGAGCGAAAGGGAUCGGAAAACGACACCAGGAAGCAGCGCGAGCUCUCUUGUGCGAUGUGUCUGGAGAGGAGGUUAAGCUCCGCAUUCGUUUUUGCAGUCAAUCGAAUACGCUCGGACCAUCUCGAAAGCCACGUUGGUAGAUCAGCACGGUCCCACAGCGCUGUAUGAUCCCGUCUUGCUUUCCCAAGCCAAGCUGGGCUCCAACGGGGUGCUGAGCACAGCGAGUGGCUCCAAUAGCGUGCCCGGACCGGGCAAAGUGACGAUCAGCUCUGCUCAGGCGGAAUCAAAAAAGAGUGGCAAGAGGGACAGGGAGUUAGAAGCAAAUGUGGGCGAUGGAGGUGAGGCGGAUAACAAGAGAAAGAAGGUGCAGGGAGAUGAGGGUGACAGCGAUGAGGGUGAGGGUGAGUCUUUGUCAAGCGUCACGAGCUCGACACCAGCCCAGUCAGAUCUCAGAAACUUGAUCGUCUAUCUCCACUUGUGCAACGCGCGCAGCUAUGCAAAUGGACUCGGACUCGGAUUCGGAUGCCGAGUCGCAAGAAGAGAGCAGAAGGAACGGCAAAGCGCUGGGAGCGCCGUUGGCCGCGCCAGGAAAGGUGCCCAACGAGGUUCUCUUUUGCGGAGAUGUACCCGGAAAGGUUACGCAGGAAGCUCUGGAAGUCUUGUUCAGCCAGUGAGUCGCGGAAAUGGGAUACGGCGUGUGAAAUCGCAUUCAAUGUCUGGGGCGAAAAGCAAAGCCGAAAGAGGCGUAGAAAUUCGGACAUAGGGAGACCUACUGCACAAAACGAUGCUGAUCAUGCGGAGUAGGGCGCGCAUCUCGCUACGAUCACAAAGCAACUCGCGCUGACGUCUGUGCACGCUCCGUGCGUCGCAUUGCACCCUAUCCCCCCAACCAGGCAAAAAGGCUACGUCUCGCUGCAGCAUUUCCCAGCCGAGGCAUCGCGCAAGCCGCCAACGGCGUAUGCGCUCGUCGAAUUUUCUGGGACGCAAGAGGCGACAUUGGCGCUGGAAAAGAUGAGGGAUUUCAAGCUUGCUAGUGGAGAAGAGUUGAGCAUUGGAUUCGCCAAGAGGCGGUGA